GCGGUUUUACAAGAACAGUUGAUCAGGUGUCACAGCCGGUUGCUCAUAUUUAUACCCGUUCAACCGGUCGGCUGCAGUGCACACUGCUACUGCUUCCUCUUAUUUACUAGCAAAGGGUGGUUCUUGCAUGCUAAAAAAUGAAUCCCCUUUCCUUUUUUACUACGAUACUGGCAUGCUGCUCCUGUGCUUUGGCAAUUCCGGGACCAUGGGAUCUCAUGCAGGACGCGCUGGACCUGAAGAACACCAAGAUUACAGGCUACUUCCGGAUUGAAGCGCUGAUCCUCACCAUGCAGAAUCCACGCGGCACCACCAGGCGCUGGAUGCCGUGCGACUUAGUUGCCGGGAAGUGCGAUCCUUUGAUCAAAGUUGCCAUCGACUAUCAUACCCCCAACUACGACUUUGGAAAGGAUUCCGUUCCGUACGGCCGGUUUUUGACUAUUUGGGAUGGAAGUGGUGAAAACAACGUCGACAUCAAUAAAAUCGUCAGCAAAGACGUCUGCAAUCAUAGUACACGUAAAGUCAAUGUGCGAAUAUUGGCAAAAGAUAAAGAUGUUAUUCGGGACGACACUAUCGAUCACUGGAGCUGUUUUAUCCAAACGACACCUCCGCCGGCAGAAAGUGAGCAGACUGCCCAGUGGUCAGAGGAGAAAACAUGCAGCGGCCACAACAGUGCGCAUAAAAUUACCUGGAAAUACCGAUGGUUCUACGUACCGCAGGAUCAAUGCAAGGAAGUUGAUGGCAGCAGUGGUAUCAUUCGUCGGUACAUUCCAUUGUGGGGCAAGAAAUAAAUAUUCUCUUUAAGCUGCUAAAAUUGAUGUUUACCGGUUAACUCUUUCUAAUCUUGUUGUUUACGAACCAACCAUUUCGCGCAAAGUUGUAAACAAGGUUGCGCUUGCGGGCUGAUGCAGUAUUUGUUCCAUAAAAUUGAUUUUGAUACAUUAGUAAAAAAUCACAGUUCACAAGGUGGACACAGUUCUGUUGUCAAACCAUGAAUUGCCGUGAAUUUUUUAUUUAACUUUCAUGGAAUGCAGUAAGAAAUGCCGCAAUGAGUUAACGCAGAUCUGUACCUCAAGAUUGUACUGAUCACUGUUGAAUACGGGAUUUCGCGGUUAUGCAUAAGAUUGGUCGAAGUGGACACCAAUCGGAUUGAAAUGGUUAAUAAAUCGUUUAUCUUAAA